AUGAAAUCUGCUGCUCCCCUCCUUACCGUGGCCACGCUGGCAGCGGCCAAGAAGAACUGCAGUGUUGACAGCAUCGCGCCCUUUCUUCCCAAGAACUCUACUGUCUUUUAUGCCGAUCAUUAUGCCAAGGGAGCCAACUUCACUCCUCCCAUUGAGUACAACUAUGGGUUGACUUCCAUUCCCACGGGCAACAACCCCUAUGAGGUGUCCGUCGACAGCUGUGUUGCCCAGGCCAACAUCACCCUGCCCAACAACACCCAGCACAGCGUGGGUAUCGUCCUCCCGGAUGACUGGAACGGACGGUUCAUGACUGUUGGCAACGGAGAAUUCUCCGGGUCAGUUGGCUGGUCUGCCAUCAUGAACACUGCCUGGUAUGGCUUCGCCAGUAUCUCCACCGAUACCGGCCACGAGGGCAACAACGGCAGUUUCGGAUACCACAACGAAGCGGCCCUUGCCAAUUGGGGCUACCGUGCCCUUCACAACGCCGUUGUCAACGGAAAGAAAGUGACCGAGGGAUACUACGGUCAGAACAUCUCCUACAGCUACUACCGUGGAUGCUCUGCCGGUGGUAAGCAGGGCCUGAAGGAAGUUGAGAUGUUCCCCGAGGACUUCGAUGGAGUGAUCGCUGGUGCACCAGCCUGGUGGACCACUCACCAGCAGCUGUGGAACGUGCUAACUGCCGUCUGGAAUCUUCCCGAGACGGCCGACUACCAUGUCACCGAUGCGCAGAUGACCGCGGUGCAGGAUGAAAUCCUGAAGCAGUGCGACCCCCAGGAUGGAGUGAAGGACGGCAUCCUUCAGAACCCCAUGGGCUGCGUCUUCGAUCCUGUCCCCGUGAUGUGCAAUGCCACCUCCUCCAACGACACCUGCGUGACCCCCGCCCAGCUGACCACCGUCAACAAGCUGUUCAACCCCUGGGUCGAAGCUAACGACACCUUCGUCUUCCCUGGCUACACGCUGGGAACGGAGGUUGGUGCCCCGACUCUGGACAGCGACUUCGUGACAUACAUCCAGUACAUGCUCCAGAUCGGUGGGGACUGGACCUGGGAGGACUGGAACCCGGAUCUCGUUGCCUUGUCCGACAAGCUGAACCCGGGUAAUGCCACUGCCGACAACUUCGACAUCUCUCCCUUCUACCACAAGGGUGGCAAGCUCCUGCACUACCACGGCUACUCCGACCCGUCGAUCGCUUCCAAGUCCUCGCUGUACUUCUACAACCAUGUGCAGGAAGCGCUCCGGCCCCAGGGAAUUCCCAUCGACGACUUCUACCGCUUCUUCUUCGUGCCUGGUAUGGAACACUGCACCAACACUCCCACCGACCAGGACGCUCCUUUCUACAUGAACGGUGACAGCCAAGCUGGCUCGCUUUCCGGAACCGUCUUUGGCGUACCCGGCUUCAACGACAGCAAGCAUGACUUGAUCCUCGCCAUGGUCGACUGGGUGGAGAACGACAAGGCUCCGGAGUACUUGAUCCCCACCAAGUACAAGAACGAUGUUGUGGCCGAUGGUGUGGACAAGCAGCGCCCGAUCUGCCCGUGGCCCAGCCUGGCCAAGUACAAGGGCAAGGGCGAUGUGAACAAGGCGGAGAACUGGGAGUGUGGUACUCUGUACUAAGCUUCUCUGUACUAAGCUUUGUGGGCCUGUACAUUACGCUUCACUGUGUAUACUAGUAGUACUGAACUUCGAGUUUGAAACUCAAAACUCAUAUGUCGAG